UUAAAACACCCGAAUCGCUUCCUAAUCUCACAUCUGCAUCGUAUUCGAAAGCGAGCGAGAGAGAGAGAGAGAGACAGAGAGAGAGAGAAUGGCGGAGGCGGUGGUGUUGCUGGAUCUGUGGGUGAGUCCUUUCGGGCAGCGUUGCCGGAUUGCGCUGGCGGAGAAGGGGGUGGCGUACGAGUACAAGGAGCAGGACUUGGACAACAAGAGCCCGUUGCUGCUGCAAGCCAACCCCGUCCACAAGAAGAUCCCCGUCCUCAUCCACGACGGCAAGCCGGUGUGCGAGUCCCUCAUCAUCGUGCAGUACAUCGACGAGGUGUGGUCCGAUGGCGCACCGCUUCUGCCGGCGGACCCCUACGCCCGCGCCCAGGCGCGCUUCUGGGGCGACUUCAUUGACAAAAAGAUUUACGAGUACGGAACCAGACUGUGGAAGCUGAAGGGAGAGGCCCAUCAGGAGGCCAAGAAAGAGUUCAUCGAGAUCCUGAAGGUCCUGGAGGCUGAGCUGGGCGACAAGAAGUACUUCGGCGGCGACGCUUUCGGCUACGUCGACAUUGCGCUGGUUCCCUUCUGCCCCUGGUUCUACACCUUCGAGACCUGCGGUGGUUUCAGCGUCGAGGCGGAGGCACCGAAGUUGGUGGCGUGGGGCAAACGGUGCUUGGAGAGGGAGAGUGUCUCCAAGGUGUUCGACGACCCGGUCAAGGUUUACGAGAUCUUGAAGCAGGUCUACGGAUUUGAGUAGUCGACCAUGGAAUCCUUCUCGAGUCAAUGUUUCUGGACUAUAUUCCGUCAUUUUUGUCGUUAUGGUCAACGUAGUCAAUAGUUUGUUGGUACGUGUCGUGUGCUGUGUGGCUACUUCGUUGGAGUCGCCCUGGGUGUGUUCGUGGUUCGUGGUUCGUGGUUCGUGGUUCGUGGUUCGUGGUUCGAGGAGUCAAUAAAAUCGAUGUUCGCACA